AUGAUAGACAUACCCAACCCAACACCCACACUCCUCUACAGGUGAGCAGAGCAGCUGACCUGUUGCGACCCUCCAGGAUAUGACGUCUCGCUUUUCCCUUCCUGUCAGUUCGACGCGUGACGGUGGUGACUUCGGCACGAUGAUGGACAAGGUGGGCGACGCCAGUGGUCUGCUUUUCCUCGUCAACCACAACGACACACACCGAUUUGGAUCCUUCGUCGGGGGCCAACUGAAGUCGCCCGCCGACGGCAAAUACAAGGUGCCCCUCUUCUUCAUCUCCAUCUCCGGUGCAUAUGGCCAGGUCACCAAGGUACCGAUCCCCGAGGCCAGGCAGUGGGUGGGGGUCGCCGGCCACGACGCAUCCAUCCGAUUCAGUACGGCCUCACGUGGCAAGGUUGGUGGCGGUAUACACAAUAAGUGUCAGUGCAAUGAAUGGCACUCAACCAACUGACUGAUUGUCACAUGUCUGCGUGCAGAUGACCAUUGCUUUGGGGUAUCUAUGGGUCGCUCUCGGCAGCCCCGGCCCGGCAGACGACGUGCGCAGCAUGUAUCAGUGGGUCGAGAAGGACGACCUACCGGCCGGCUACCUUGGCCGGCUCAGUGGCAACGGAACACUAGCAGGCACAUGGUAUUUCACCGCGAAGGAGAUCGCUAUCUAUCAGGUGGGUGGGUGGCACCGGGCAAGACCAAGACGGACGAGCGAGUGAAUCAGUAUACGGAUGGAUGAAUGGAUGUUGUAUGUGGUUUUCAGGUGAAGUCGGGCUGAUGAGUGAGCGGAGAGGGGCCAGUGUGGCAGCUGCAGCGGAAGACGCAGCCUUGUUACACACACAACGGACGAAUUCGUGUGCAUGCAUUGCACGGACGGACGGAUGGACCUCAUGUCUCAAUUUUGACA